UUUCUAUUUCAGACAAACGAAUAUAAAAUAUAACAUCAUGAAUGAGUUUAAGGAGCUAAAGAAAUCGUACAAAUUUUUCAAAUAUGCCGAUCCAGAACCAGGUGAAGAAGUUGUUAUUUCAGGAAUCGCUGGUAGAUUUCCAAAAUCAGACAAUUUGUACGAAUUGAAAUAUAAUAUUUUUAAUCGCAAAGAUUGCAUCACGGAUGAAGGAAUAGAUACAAAGCAUUUAGAAAUUCCACGACGAAUGGGGAAAAUUAACAAUAUUGAGAAAUUCGAUGCAUUAUUUUUUGACGUCGAUUUUAAAGAAGCACAUACUAUGGAUCCUAUGGGAAGAAUAUUGUUCGAACAUACUUAUGAAGCUAUUGUAGAUGCUGGAAUUCAUCCAAAAGAUCUUCGUGGAACGAGGACAGGUGUAUUCUUGGGUUCAUGCUUUUCCGAUGCCGAGAAAACUUGGUUCUACGAAAAACUCCAGGCAAAUGGCCUUGGUUUCAUAAGCUGUAGUAAAGCUUUUAUGGCCAACAGAAUUUCGCAUUGGUUGGGUGUCACUGGACCAACAUAUAACAUCGAUACCGCGUGCAGUUCAAGCCUUUUUGCAAUGGAACAUGCAUAUAGGGCUAUACAUAACGGACAAUGCGAUUACGCGAUCGUCGGUGGAUCAAAUCUUUGCCUUCAUCCAUACGUAACAUUGCAAUUUAAAAAUUUAGGAACAUUGUCUGAGGAUGGUCGUUGCAAGUGUUUCGACGAAGAUGCAGAUGGUUACGUGCGCAGCGAAGCCGUAGUUGUUGCAUUUCUGCAAAAAAAAAAAAAUGCUAAAAGAAUCUAUGCAACAGUUAUCCAUGCGAAAACAAAUUGCGAUGGAUAUAAGGAACAGGGAAUAACAUUUCCUUCUAGCCAAAUUCAGAGUACUCUUACCAAAGAAUUCUACGAUGAAUGCGGUGUACCAACAGCUUGUAUACCUUACAUCGAAGCUCAUGGUACAGGAACUAAAGUUGGUGAUCCUGAAGAAAUAAAUGCUAUAGAUCAGAUUUUUACCAAAAACAGAACCAAUCCUCUUAAAAUCGGUUCCAUCAAAUCAAAUUUGGGUCAUACUGAACCAGUCAGUGGAAUGUGCUCCAUUGCCAAGGCGAUAAUAUCGAUGGAGUCAGGUCUAAUACCCCCAAAUAUUAAUCUUAAUCAACUACGCAAAAACGUGAAAGCUUUUACAGAAGGGAGAAUCAUGCCUGUUACCGAAACGUCUCCGCUUGAUGGGGAAUAUAUAGCCAUUAAUUCUUUCGGUUUUGGUGGUGCUAAUGCUCACGUCUUACUGAAAUCAAAUCCAAAAACAAAGAUCAAUAAAGGAUUGCCAGAUGACGAUUUGCCAAGACUCGUAGCAGUUUCUGGACGUACCGAAGAAGCAGUAGUAACCAUAUUAAAUGAUAUCGAUAAUCGACACAUAGACGUUGAAUUUAUUCGUCUCCUUCAUGAUAUCCACCUCAAAGAAAUAUCAGGUCAUUUAUGUCGGGGAUACACGAUAACUGGUUUUAAAUCGCUUGACAAGAAACUGAGAGAGAUUGAAAACUAUUCUGGUAUAAAAAAACCAAUAUUGUUUGUUUUUUCUGGAAUGGGGACGCAGUGGUCUGGAAUGGGUCAAGUCCUGAUGAGAUUCCCAACAUUUGCCAAAGCAAUAGAGAAAUGCGAUGCUGUAUUAAAGCAAUGUAAUUUGAAUAUUUAUAAAAUUUUAACUGAAAAAGACAAUACCAUGUUCGACAAUAUCUUGCACUCGAUCGUUGGAACUGCUGCGGUUCAGAUCGGCUUGGUAGAUCUUCUAACUUCCGUAGGUGUAGUACCGGACUACGUCAUCGGAUAUUCCGUUGGUGAACUUGCUUGUGCUUACGCAGAUGGAUGUUUUACAGCAGAGGAAAUGAUAUUAGCAGCAUAUUCGCGAGGAAUGGCUUUGAUAGAAACAGAAAUACCUCACGGUUCUAUGGCAACGGUAGGGCUUUCCUAUGAAGACAUUAAAAAUUGCUGUCCUGCUGAUAUCGAUAUCGCAUGUCACAAUGGAACUGAAAGUACAACUAUUAGCGGACCGACCACUUCUGUGAAGGCAUUCGUUAAAAAAUUACAGAAAACUGAAGUUAUCGUCGAAGAGAUGUCGUGCAAUAAUAUACCUUAUCACAGCCGUUAUAUCGCAGCAGUUGGAUCGAAACUUUGUGUACAUUUAAAAAAAGUGAUACCAGUAGCGAAGCCACGAAGUAACAAAUGGCUCAGUACAUCUGUGCCACGAAAAGCGUGGUCGACAUCAGCCGCAAAACUCUCGUCAGCUGAGUAUCAUACCAAUAACCUGUUGAAACCAGUACUGUUUGAGGAAACAUUAGCUCUGAUUCCCGACAAUGUUGUGACGAUUGAAAUUGGAUUGGAAAAUUUACUACAAGAGACUUUAAGAAAAUCAUUGCAACCAACCGUAAGGAAUAUUGCAUUAAAUCAUCUAAGAGAUAAAGAUAACGUGAUCAUUUUUCUACAAGCAUUAGGGAAGCUUUAUAACAGCGGUAUACAGCUUGAUCUUGCUAAAUUAUAUCCACACGUAGAAUAUCCGGUCAGUCGAGGUACUCCAAUGAUAUCCCCACUCAUUAGAUGGAAACAUUCAGACGACUGGUUUGUGGCAAAUUACAAAAGACAAGAGAGAAUUGAUUCUGGCGAACGAAUAUUUGAAAUAUCGGUCGAUUAUGAAGAAUUUCAUUACGUUAUUGGUAACGUGGUCGAUGGCAGAAAUUUGUUUCCAGCGACAGGAUAUUUAUGUUUGGUUUGGCAAACUUUCGGCAUGAUCAUAGGACAAUUGUACACGGAAUUAUCUGUUGUCAUUGAAAAUAUAAAGUUUAAUCGAGCUACCACCAUUCCGAAAGAACGCAAAAUUGAAAUGAUCGUCAUGAUUCAAAAAGCAGUGGUAACUUCGAAGUGAUCGAAGGUGGUCUUGCUAUUGUUACUGGAAUGAUUCGUGUUGCAACAAACUUAUCGAAGAAGAUAAUACCCCUUGAUCUAAUCAAAGCAAAUGUUGGCAAUGAGAAGGAAGAAUUAGAUUCGAAAGAUAUCUAUAAAGAGUUGAAGCUACGUGGUUACCAAUAUAGCGGCCUCUUUCGAAGUUUACACAGUGCCUCAGUUUCGGGAAAAAAAAGACAUGUCGAGUGGAAAAAAAAUUGGGUAGCAUUUAUGGAUAACUUAUAGCAAAUGAAAAUACUCGCUUUAGAUACCCGAGGUUUAUUCGUACCGACUGGAAUUCGAAAAUUGAUAAUAGAUACUAAAGCUCAUCAACGAUAUCUGCAAAGAUUGACAACCAAUAAAAAAGAUAAAUAAUUAUUUUUAAUGCAAAGUGAAGCUAUAUAGCAAAUUCCUUUAUAUUUAAUAAUAUUAUUUCAGAUGUACCUGUACAAUUACUAGAGUAUAUUUGAUGUGAUUGUAACAGAAGGUGUAGAAAUUCAUAAUAUUAAGGCCAGUGAGAUUGCUCGGAAGAAAUCUGUCAGUGAUCCAAUUAUCGAAGAACAUAAAUUCAUUGCUUAUCGUCAAAAAAGGGAAAUGUCAUUACGCGAAAUAUUAACGUUAUCCAUGCAUAUUACUCUUAAGAAUAUACCAAUGACGAAAGUGAAAACAAUUGAACUUAUUGAAGAUAAUAACAAUAUACCAGCAGAGAAACAGAUAUCUCCAUUGUUGAGAGAUAUUCUAGUCGAUUUACCUUCGAUUCAAGCAAGCAUUAAUAUUUUUGCACCACCAAAUAACUUUGACGAAGGAGACAUUCUUAAAAAUGUUGAAAUUUUAGAAUCGACAAAAUUACGAACAGAUGAUAUAGCAAUAUUAGCAAUUGGAUGUUGCUUAUUAACCAAUGAAAAACAGGAAAGUUUAAAACAACUUUUAAAAUCUACAAAAGAUGGAGCUUUCCUUUUAUCACGCGAAAAGGAAAAUAUACCAUUGGACUAUUCUGUUCUAAAGGAAUUUCUAUUAGGUUUAGUUUUAGAGAAACGUACUUCCGAGGAAUCGUGGAUAUUGUUACGGAAGAUCGAGAAAAUUUCGGAAAAUAUUCUAUUUAUUAAUGUUAGGAGCAAUGAAUUUAACUGGUUGAAAGAAGUACAGAAUGUGCUUGCCAAUGAAACCAGAAGAUAACACUAGAGUAAUACUUGUUGAGGAAGGAAACUUUGAAUCUGGUCUUUUAGGAUUCAUUAAUUGGUUACAGAAAGAACCUGGAGGCAGAAUCUUCCGAGCUGUUCUAAUUCAGGAUCUUAAAGCUCCGAAAUUUUCUUUAGAAUUAUCCCUUUAUUCGGAACAACUCGAAACCGACCUUGUCAUUAAUGUUUUACGAUCAGGAAACGUUUGAAGAUCAUAUAGGCAUCAACCACUUCCAUCUCGUGAACCAAAGCUUAUGUACCAUGGCUUCGUUAAUCAAUUGAUAUUCACGCGGAGAUUUAAGUUCGUUACGAUGGCUCGAAGGACCAAUUACGAAAGAUUAUCAAAAGGAAGAUCUUGUUCACAUCCAUUAUGCAUCGUUGAACUUUAAAGACGUGAUGUUGGCAACAGGUAAAAUAGAAUUAAUUGUGUUUCAACUGGACAGAAAAGAUGUUGUCUAUGUAUUUGGAUUUGAAUAUAGCGGAAUCAGUAUUGAUGGUCGACGUAUUAUGGGACUUAAUCCAAACAAAUGCAUAUCAAAUCUUUUCCAAAUGGACGAAAUUUUUCUUGGACCAUACCUGAAAGUUGGAGUUUGGAAGAUCCAGCGACAGUACCAUGCGUAUUUUCCACAUGUAUUGGUGCGGUUUAUAUUAACGGAGAAAUGAAAAAGGGUGAUAGAAUACUUAUUCACUCUGGUGGUGGUGACGUUGGUCAAACCGCGAUUACCUUAGCUCUUUAAGAAGGCUCUGAAGUAUUUACUACCGUUGGUACACCAGAAAAACGUAAAUUUAUUAAAGAAACAUUUCUCAGUAU